CCUGGCUCACCCAGGAAGCGGGCCGCCUGAGAGCUGAAAGCCCGAGCCUAGGAGCCCGGCCGAGAGUCGGUUCGGAGCAGAGCCCCUGUUUGGUACUCCCCUAGUGCACAUGUACUAGCCCGGCUCCCCUGCAAGAGGGAGCCAGUCUCCACGGAGCAGCGGGAGAACGGAGAAGGAAGGCAGAAGCGCGAGAAAGAAAGCAGUGUUCCAGUCGCCGAGGGUGGAAAGAGCCGCAGCCUGCAGCAGGGGUUUAUACCAUCUCUGACAUGUAUACACUGAAUCAGAAACUUCUGUGCUAGUCAACUUAAGGCAAAACCAGACCCAACUGAAGCCAAGAGCACAGGUGGCAUUCUUCCUCUCAGCAGUCCUACUACAAGCCCUGGAUGCAAAUUCCACUGUUGGUUAGAGUGCAUUAAUUGGAGUAACAAUCAUGGACUUUGUUAUGAAGCAAGCCCUUGGGGGGGCCACCAAAGACAUGGGGAAGAUGCUGGGGGGUGAGGAGGAGAAGGACCCAGAUGCCCAGAAGAAAGAGGAGGAGAGGCAGGAGGCUCUACGGCAGCAGGAGGAAGAACGCAAAGCAAAGCAUGCUCGCAUGGAGGCAGAGCGAGAAAAGGUCCGGCAGCAAAUUCGAGACAAGUAUGGCCUGAAGAAGAAGGAGGAGAAGGAGGCUGAAGAGAAGGCUGCCCUGGAGCAGCCAUGUGAGGGCAGCCUGACCCGCCCUAAGAAAGCCAUUCCAGCUGGUUGUGGGGAUGAGGAGGAAGAGGAGGAAGAGAGCAUCCUGGACACCGUUCUCAAGUACCUGCCCGGGCCUCUCCAGGACAUGUUCAAGAAGUAACCCUGGCCCAACUCCAUCCCAUUCUCAACAGUCCCACUUUUGUUUUUAAUUUAUUUUUUUCCACUUUCCAUUCAGUAUGAAUUUUGAAAGGCAAACCUCAUUUGACCUCACCCCCACCUCCACCCCUCACAUGGACUGUGGGACCCAAGCCCCUCAUCUUUGGCCAGAAACUCCCCGGGCUCCCUCCCUGCCCCCACAGUGCCCUGGGCCUCUUGAGGAGCCCUAGGAAAAGAAGGCUGCUGGCCUGGGCUGAGGGCCAGAAACUAGGACCAAACCAUUGACGACCUCAGGAGAGGCCCGGGAUGUGCUGAAGUGGGAGGAAAGGCCUCACCACUGAGUCCCACAUGCACACGCUCUUCCCAAACCUCUUCCCACCAGGAACAUUCCUCAUGCCUUGAGCAUGAUUUCCACUGCCAGAGAGGGGGGAAGGGCCAGGCCAGUGGACCCUAGGGGAAUGAGUCAGAGGAGAGGAAGGUCAGGUUGCCUAUCCUUCCUCCUCUACUCCCCUAGAGAUCACUGGAGCUCUAAGCCCUGUUCCCCAACCCCAAUGGGUCAAAAUGCCCAACACAUUCCAGCCCUGCCCAACAUAGCCCAAGGAUGAGGGGGCAAGGACCAGUGCUAGACCCUUCAUUAGGGAGCCCAUUGGCCAAUCCCAGAGGAAUGUGGAACAGAUCUCUGUUUCCUUCAUAUCUCCCUAUGCCUCCCCAAUUGCACUUCAAUUCCAGGGACUCAGCGCACCAUGGUAAGAACAGCCCCUGCCAGCCUAGUCCCUCCCUGUUCCUAGCAAGGCCUGGGAGUUGCAAGGAAGAUCAAUUGACUGUGGGAGGUAUCAUUAGAGUCUCUUAGUCCCUAGCCCUGGCCUUAUUCCCUUGUCAUCAAUGACCCAGAUAGACCCCAAAGCAUAGGGAGGGUCAGAGAAGGGCCUGUGCCCUAACCAAAGGCGUAUUCUGGAGUUCUGAGGGGCCACUGGGUAGAGAUUGGGCAGGGUACCACCAGAAAGGUUGAUUCCCAUUCCCACAAAUAUGGCAGCCUGUCCUUGCCCCUGUAGUGGAGCAGAUCCUUCCCACAGGGCAAUAAAGGUUGUCCCUGUGACACCACUGAACCCCGGAAGCCUCCACCCUCCACUCACAUCCUUGUGGCCACUCUAGAACAUGCUCUAUGAAAGGGGUAACUUGACCCCUUCUCUCCUGAAAAGGCAUGCUGGGCCCUCCCCCCACCCACCCCAGCCUAGGGUCCUCUCCCUAAAUAGGGUAGCCCCUUCCAAACACAUACUAAAAGCUGGAGCCAUCGGACAGCAUCAAUCCUCGACCAGAGAACACCUAGUGGAGAAGAGAUGCUGCUCCCCUCCCCACUCCCCAGCCCAUCCAGGCGCUUCCAGGGCCCUGAGUGGACAACAUGUCCAGGAGGCUCCACUGGCCCCCAGGAGGGCUCCCCAUAAGCAGGACUCAGGCUGAGGCACUGAGGGCAGGCUUACCUACAGUGUAGCCCUGAUCCCAUAGGAGAAGACAGCCCCAGCUGAGCUGCUGCCCUCUCAUUCUGGCUGAGGAUCUGUCUGCCCAUAUGCUAAGCCCCAAAGCAGGCAUCUGUCCAUCCAUCUAUGGGUCUGUCUUGUGGCCAGGAAAAAAUUCUCCUCUCAGAUGUGCCAAGGAAAUCCCUAUACACCUCACUCAACCCUCCCCUCCCCUCCCAUACCCAAUACUCUGCCUCCCCACCAUUCUGAGAAGCCCUAGGGCAGGAAGGAUUGUGAAUGUGAAAGUGCAUAUGAAUGUGGGUGGAAUGGGAGUGGUGGUGGCAGAAUGGGUAUGUAUAUAGUUGGGAUGGUGUGAAUGUAUGUGUUAUAAAUAUGUAUGUGUGUAUGGAUGUGUCAAAGAUUGUAUGUGUAUGUUUUAGAGACUAUUCUUAUAUGUGUAUUAGAGAUUGUGUUAGAAUGCUAGGGAUUCGAAUACGUAUGCAUAGAGAGUGUGUGGGUGGGUGUUUUAGAAAGUGUGUAUGUGUGCUAGAGAUUUUGUGUGUCUGUAUCAUAGACUGUCUAUAUUGGGGGGGUGGGGUAUGUGUGUGUAUGAAAAUGCAUGUGUAACACUUUGCAGACUGUCUGCAUGACUGAGAGUGGUAGCAGGGCCUGGAAAAUAUCUUUUCUCCCCCUCAGACCAGUCAGUCCCUACCCAUCACCACCCCUGGAACAGAUGUGAGAGGAGAAAUUUUUCCUAAUGGCCCAAGACCUUCCCUCUUCCCCUGGGCUCCCUGAGCCAAGCCUUUGCUACCUUCCUCCCUCACUGGAUGUGAUGGGAAGAAUCCUGUUUGGGUCCUGGGAAGCACUUGGCAGCUCAGACUGGUCUGGGUGGCCAUGGCAGGAACAGGACUGCCCUUUGUCCCUCUAACAGAGAAGCCAUGCUGGAUCUAGGGGUGGAAGAGGGAGAUGCCUCAGAGAGGGUUGCUAUGCCUGCCCCUCGCCGCCCACCACCACCACCACUUUUCACCAUCACCCCAGUUUGCAUACUGGGGUGUUUCAUUUUAGAGAAUUUUUCCUUUAAUUUCAAAAGAGAAAGCAGCUCACGUCGUGUCUUCUCUGUCCGUUUCCAAUAGUUAAAGCCAUAUCAGUUAGACUGCAAUACUUUAAAGAUGA